UCGUAGGCUCUGGAUCCAGUGAUCUCUGCCAGCCUCAGAGCGCCCCCUGCUGCCUUCUGCAGGUCCCUGCAUUGCUGGCUGCUGCUGGAGUCCAUCCACACCGGACUGUCCUGCACUGAGAAGCCGUCCUGAGGAGACACCGCCACACCUGAAUCAGCAGGUGUGACUGAGUGGGCGGGGCCUAGACUUCCUGCAGGGAGCCGGAACCAGGAGGAGGGAGAGGAGGAAGAUGGAUGUGUCAGCGCUCACACAGCAGUACAGGAUCUGCAGAGAAAAACAGAGGACGGAACUUCAACUGGUCGGGACAGGAAAGAGGACGGGAAAGAGGACAGGUGAAAACUUUCUGUCUCCAGGUUUCAGCGAGCUGUCCGACGCCAUCAGCAUCGUCCCUGUUUCUCAGGGUUGGACGUCGUCAUGGGAACCGUCCAGCCCCUCCCCUCCUGUCGUAUAUUUAGACUCUGACCAGAAGAUGUCGGACCCGUGGCGCGUCCACCUGGACCUCCACCGGCGCCGCCGUCCCGUGCUGAGCACGCAGAUGGGGCAGAGGACCUGCAGACGUUCCUGUUCUCCAGCCUCGAAGGUCCGCUCAUCGAACCCGUCCCCGUCUGACUGUUUCUGCAGCUUCUCAGACUCGGAUCUCUCCAGUCAGGAACUGCCAGUCGGUGCUGAUCCUGGAUCUGGAGUCUCUGAUGGGUCUGGUGAAGGAUACUCCAGAGAUUCCCGGGGGGGUCAGGGUUCUCCCUACAACUCCCCCUGGAGAACCACAGAGAGGGUUUCUCAGCAGCCUGGUGUCCAUGGGUCCAGGUCCAGUUUCACCAGGCGUGACCAGAACCAGCAGGAGAACCAGUCAUCAGGAACCAGUGGUUCCCAGAACCUCCAAACAAGCUGUGGUGUCUCUGAGCAGCUGAGUGCAGGAGGGGGGUCCGGAUCCUCCCAGAACCCGUACCCGUUUCCCACCAGGAGAACCCCCAAGAUAUCAGAGGCUGCCAGGAGCCUCGGUCUCUACUGAUCUCUGAAAUCCACCAGAACUUCCAUCCAGAGUCUGGAUGAAGCUUCUGCUGCAGAUUCUGUUCAAUCUGGAUCUAUGGGGAACCCUCCAUAGAUGUAAACUGCUAAUGUUUGUCCCAUGGUUUCAUUGAACAAACAGAUUUAAAUGCGGGUUUCAUUCCCUCAUGAAACAGAUUAAAGAAAGCAGAAUAACAGCAGUCUGUGGAGGCGUGUGUUUCUAUCAGAGACGGUGGAGAGGU